AUGGUGAGGAUGGAUAGAAUAACUUUGGAGAAGAAUUAUUCCUGGCCGCCCCCCACUCGCCGCUGUUCAUUGCUACGAUCCUUUGCCUCCGCAAAGGAGUCUUUCGCACCUCCAGCCGGGUCAUCACCUAUCAGUGCAAGGCACUACGAUUCUGUCCCCGGCAUUGACCCGCAAAGCCCUCGCGAACAUCUUCAGUCCGUCCUUAAAAAUGGUCUUGGAGGCUCCGACUUGGAUUCAGGAGAUAUGACAUCGAGAACUGUUAGCCCAGAGACCGACUUAGAAGUUGCUCCAAUACGUGUGGCGGACGAUAAAAAGACCACUGGAAGGAUCCAACGGAGUAAUCAGAAGAGAAAGGAGAAUACACCAAGAAAUACUAGCUCUAGAGAACGUCGUAUUCAGAAGAAGCGCGCCUCGGUUAGCAGAAGACAGGUUUUUGAUUACUCACGCUUAGAAGCGAUCCGGGAAGGUGUCGACGGACGCAUUCAGUUCAAGAUCUGUUGGAAGCCAACCUGGGGUACUCUUGAGGACCUCCGGGGAACUCGGGCACUGAAAGAAGCUGAGGAGCUCAUCGUCAAUGAGUAUGACAAAGUUAAGUGGGAUGAGGAGAUGCGGCCGCCGAGUCUCUUUCGCAGCAGCCAGAGUGCUCACGUCCGCUCCAGCCUCGAUAAGCAAUCGGGAUACUCCGAUGUGUCCGCUUAUGGUUGUGGCUUGCAGAGCGGUCAGGCCACGAGAGCUUGGAAGGGCGUUAACACCUGCCCUAGGGUUAAGCAAAUGUUCAACUAG